CUAAAUCAUCUCGCUGAGUAACGGCACGGGACGGGAGAAGUUCGGCUUUCAAACAAACUUCACCCUUCCGAUUAGCUUCCGAUCAACAUUCGUAAUUUUUGCUGGGCGUUUCAUUUACUCAGUCACGGUAGUGGACGCUCUCAAAGGUCUUUCACUCACAACUUCCAGACCUGGCUCGAAUUUGUUUGAUCUGACUAAGUCACAACACACUUACGACAAUAAUCCAACUGCCAAUAGCUGAACCAAAGCCGAACGGUUUUCCAACAUGACGUCCACCAUCACUGCGACCGCUUCUUUACUGCCGACGGGGCAGCUCAGCACACAACCGCCCAUCGCGCAGGUCAUUCCCAUACUUCGUGCGACAUUCAGUCUUCUGCGUACUUUCUUGUCCCAGGCCUCGCGACUUGUGGUCGCGCUUGCCACUCCGUUACUCAUCUUCGUGCCCCUUAUAUCCCGCCUGCUUGGUCCAAUUAUACUCGUCUUCCAUAUCGUAUUGGACGUCGCACUUUACACCCCAUACACGAUCAUUUCCAGCGUAGCUGUUGCGCUCUACCCCAUCUAUAUGUUCUGCGGUGUCGCUUGCAUCUUUGGCGCGGUUCUUGGCAUUCUUGGGAGGUCUUUGGUCACACUCUCGAACAACAUCAUUGCUCCCGAAUUACCGAAGGCUGAGUUGCUGCAUCCGAAGCUGUCGAUGCGACCGAAGAAGAGAAGGAGAAAGAGUUCUUUUGCUGAAGAUUCAUAGUCUCUUUUACUUUUACUUCACUGUUCAGCAGACUGGUUGGGACUUUCAGUA